UCAUUUUGUUUAUAUGAUCAAAGUGGUGAAGGAAAACAUGUGAUCGAUUCAUUUCGACCAGACAUCACAUCAAAUAGUUUUCAACGACCUCAAUUUGAUAUGAAUAGUGCCAGUGGAAUAUCAAAAUUUAUUCUGUUAUCAACUCUUGAACAAGAAAACAAUGGAUAUGUUCGAGAUGAUACAAUAUUCAUCAAGACUAUGGUUGAUAUGGGUGAUAUGAACAAAACAUUAUUGCCUUAUGUGUUUAGCCUGAAUCCAGGUCUUCCAAUAUAUGUUCAACAAAUGAUGAUCAAACAAGAAGCCGAACGGAGAGUUCAACGCCAGCAACCACAGCCUUCUGGCGCAUAG